AUACUUUGCUACAUACCAUAACCGCCAUAGCCUAGCCCACAAGCAGGGCGCAUGGCAUGGGGGAAAAGCAAAAGCAAAACAAAGAGAAACGGCUCGUCACCUCAUUGCAAGCUUUUUGUGUUUGCCUCUUGCCUCUGUCCGUCUCUAUCUGUACAUGCCAUGUUACGUCCCUCUUCUCCCAUUCUCAUUCUCACUUCUCACUUCUCACACCGCAUGGAAGGGCAGUGUCUGUCUCAGGUAUGGGUGUACCUGGAGUAUCCGUAGGUGGAAGAUUGAUUUGCCUUGCCUCCAGGUCUGAGUCUGAGUCUGAGUCUGAGUCUGAGCCCGCCCGUCCGUCCCACCCCUGGCGAGCAAGCAUAUGAAUCUAGGAUUCUCUCGUUCUUAUUAUGCGUCUAUGCGUUGAUGGCUCGCCUCCGUCAGAGUCAGACCUAGUAGUCAAUAGGUGCCUGUGCGUGAUGGGUCUUGACGAAGGUUCUUCAUGCCUUUGCCUGGUUCUCUGAGACGAAGCGGAGGCUCGAUACGACGGUGCAAUUCAAAUCAAAGUCUGGCGAAACCCGAAUAGUUCAAAAUAGCAUGAUGACUUGGGGAUAUUCGCGGACGAACCAUGCCAGUCUCGGGAUAAGAUGGCAAACUCUUUAGUUAUCGUUUGUCACUGAUGGACAUACGUACAUAUGUACGCAUACAUACCCAUCCGCCCAUUGAUGAUGCGCACGGCAGCUCCGGGCCAACCCGUCCGCCGUAUGAGGUGGACGGACGGACGGACGAGAUGCGGUGCGCAAGAGCAAGAGACUAAGAGUUUGAGUCUGAUUGAUCAAGUCCGAGGGUAACGGCUCAAUGCCCAGACUAAGUUUAAUGAUGGCCGAUACGUGAAAUGGUGUGUCAUUUCGGCAUAGCAGUCUAUCAUUAUUACCUAGAUGUAAUGAUUACGAGCGAGCACAGAUACAGAGUAAGAUAGAGAGAUACAGAUACAGAUACAGAGUACCUAAUAAUAAAUGACCAAUU